ACGGACGCCGCGCUCAUGUAUGACGCCGUGCACGUGGUUGCCGUGGCAGUGCAGCAGUCUCAGCAGAUCACAGUCAGUUCCCUGCAGUGCAACAGACACAAACCCUGGCGCUUCGGAAACCGCUUCAUGGCUCUCAUCAAGGAGGCUCACUGGGACGGCCUGACUGGCCGGAUCACCUUCAACAGGAGCAACGGCCUGAGGACAGACUUUGACCUGGACGUCAUCAGCCUGAAGGAGGAGGGACUGGAGAAGAUCGGGACCUGGGACCCUCCCAGCGGCUUGAACAUGACAGAGAACCAGAAGGGCAAGACGGCCAACAUCACCGACUCCCUGUCCAACAGAUCCCUGGUGGUCUCCACCAUCCUGGAGGAGCCCUACGUCAUGGUCAAGAAGUCGGACAAGCCCCUGUACGGUAACGACCGCUUCGAGGGCUACUGCAUCGACCUGCUGCGGGAGCUGGCCUCCAUCCUGGGCUUCUCCUACGAGCUGCGGCUGGUGGAGGACAGCAGCUACGGGGCCCAGGACGAGACCUCGGGCCAGUGGAACGGCAUGGUCCGCGAGCUCAUGGAGCACAGAGCUGAUCUUGCAGUGGCUCCCCUGGCCAUCACGUAUGUGCGCGAGAAGGUCAUCGACUUCUCCAAGCCCUUCAUGACGCUGGGGAUAAGUAUUCUCUACCGCAAGCCCAACGGAACCAACCCCGGCGUGUUCUCCUUCCUCAACCCCCUCUCGCCCGAUAUCUGGAUGUAUAUUCUGCUGGCUUACUUGGGUGUCAGUUGUGUGCUGUUUGUCAUAGCCAGGUUUAGCCCCUACGAGUGGUAUAACCCCCACCCUUGCAACCCAGAUUCGGAUGUGGUGGAAAACAAUUUCACCCUGCUAAAUAGUUUCUGGUUCGGAGUCGGAGCUCUCAUGCAGCAAGGCUCCGAGCUCAUGCCCAAGGCCCUCUCCACCAGGAUAGUGGGGGGCAUCUGGUGGUUCUUCACCCUCAUCAUCAUCUCCUCCUACACCGCCAACCUGGCCGCCUUCCUCACUGUGGAGCGGAUGGAGUCGCCCAUCGACUCGGCCGACGACCUGGCCAAGCAGACCAAGAUCGAGUACGGCGUGGUGGAGGACGGCUCCACCAUGUCCUUCUUCAAGAAAACCAAGAUCUCCACGUACGAUAAGAUGUGGGAGUUCAUGAGCAGCAGGAAGCACUCUGUGAUGGUGAAGAACGUGGACGAGGGCAUCCAGCGCGUCCUGACGUCCGACUACGCCUUCCUCAUGGAGUCCACCACCAUCGAGUUCGUCACACAGCGCAACUGCAACCUCACCCAGAUCGGGGGCCUCAUCGACUCCAAGGCCUACGGGGUCGGGACGCCCAUGGGUUCUCCGUACCGGGACAAGAUCACCAUCGCCAUCCUGCAGCUCCAGGAAGAAGGGAAGCUGCACAUGAUGAAGGAGAAGUGGUGGAGAGGCAACGGCUGUCCCGAGGAGGACAGCAAGGAGGCGAGCGCCCUGGGAGUGCAGAACAUCGGGGGCAUCUUCAUCGUGCUGGCUGCCGGCCUUGUUCUCUCCGUGUUCGUGGCGGUGGGGGAGUUCCUCUAUAAGUCCAAACAGAACGCGCAGCUGGAAAAGAGGUCUUUCUGCAGCGCCAUGGUGGACGAGCUGCGGGUGUCCCUCAAGUGCCAGCGGCGCCUCAAACACAAGCCCCAGCCUCCCGUCAUGGUGAAGACCGAGGAGGUCAUCAACAUGCACACCUUCAACGACCGCAGACUCCCGGGGAAAGAGACCAUGGCCUGAACAGGAACCUCUCUCUCUCCAGGAGGCACGCAGAGACUCUUGAGGAAGAGGAGAUGGGUGAAGG